CAUCCUAUGCAAUAUGGCUGCGCCCAUGAACAUUGUGAAGAUGAUGACACAGCUGGUGAUUUGUGUCAGUAUAAUCGGAUAUUUUGGAGUCUUGGGUGAUGAUUUCUAUGAUGGACAGAGGACCUUCGAUGUUGAACACUGCUUGGACAUUGACCAAGCAGUGCCUGUGUUUACAAAGCGAGGCACAGUAGUAGUGAAGUCUGUGAAAAACAACCGAGCAUUCCUCUCCGAACCAGUCAACCUGUCAACAGAUGAUAAGAGAAUGCUAAAGAAUCUGAUGAGGGCAAAUGACAUCUACCGGGUGCGUAUGCAAGUGAGGAGUACCGGUAACCCAGACGAAGAUUACGUCUACUCCUUCACACAAGCAUGCGGGAUUUAUGAGUCACAGUUGACUGAUCAUCUGUGGAUCCAUUUUGACCAAGCAGGGGAGGUAAUCGGGUUUUCCAUAUCCACUGAUCCGGCCCAGUGUCUGGGUACCAAUAUGGACCAUGCUGACUUGACUCGUUGGAAUACCACAGUAGACAUAUCACAGACAGUCUUAGGACCAGCACCAGACACCCAGAGUUAUACAGAGAAGAUUAAGAGGGAGGAAUCGGAGAAAAGCAGAGGAUCACAGAGUGACAAUCGCUCCUUCUUCGCAAAAUAUUGGAUGUACAUUGUGCCGUUCGUGUUGAUCAUGAUGGUGGCGUCCAGUGCUGAUCCACAGGCCGCUGGGGGUGGAUCUUAGAUUACACCACUGGACCAAUAGACAAGCAAUUUCGAUGUCCCUCCAGCAUCACCAAGAACAGAUGCAGAUUGGAAACCUGACAACUAUAAAACAAUAGGUGGUGUUACCUGUACUAUAACAUUGAGGUGAAAAGGGGGAAGGGGGGUAGAAAGUAUUAUGACAAUAAUCAGGAAGGGAUAUGGGCUUUGGGUACAAGGGUCUGGGUCAUAUUACAAUAAAAGGUAAGAAGAAUUGUUACAAUAAUGGAAAAUACUGUGGGUAUGCACAGUACCCUGGAGUAAGACAGGGUAACAAAGGAAAGGACAAGUCAACAAAUCAAUGUAAUGUAUUGCUUUAAUUAACCCUUUCACCACUGUAGACCAUAAUGGACUCAUCCUAAUCAAUGUACGGUAGAGUCU